UUAAAAAAAAAGGAAAAAAAAAAAGGCAAUGGUCUUAAGACUCUUAACCAAACUGGGCCUAGGGGUUUCGGUAUUUUUGGGGAGGGUUUUUCUUCUCCUCUUUCUCUCUAUUCCUCCAAAAACCAUCAACUGCGGAAGAAGAAGAAGAAGCAAGCUGAGUUCUAUUUAUUCUUCUUCUUCGAAUUUGAACUUUCUCUCUCUAUUAUCAAACAAAACCUAGCAAUGGCCACUUUCGUCCCUCCUACUGCUACUAUGCCGACGGCUUCCAAGCCGACCUCGGUCCAACCAGAGAAAGUCGACUACAUGAGUCUUCCUUGCCCUAUUCCCUACGAAGAAAUCCACCGCGAAGCUCUCAUGUCCUUGAAGCCAGAAUUUUUCGAGGGAAUGCGAUUUGAUUUUACCAAAGGACUUACUCCGAAAUUUUCACUCAGUCACAGUGUGCUCAUGGGACCCGUAGAAAUUCCUUCUCAGUCUACCGAGGCCAUUAAGAUUCCCACUGCUCAUUAUGAAUUUGGUGCUAACUUUAUAGACCCAAAGUUGAUGCUUUUUGGGAGACUGAUGACAGAUGGGAGGUUAAAUGCUCGAGUCAAGUGUGAUCUGUCCGAGAAUCUUACUCUGAAGGCCAAUGCUCAACUUACAAAUGAGCCGCACAUGUCGCAUGGCAUGUUCAAUUUUGAUUACAAGGGUAAAGAUUUUAGGACCCAAUUUCAACUAGGGAACGGUGCCUUAUUUGGAGCCAAUUACAUGCAGAGUGUGACACCACAUUUUUCUUUGGGUGGCGAAGUAUUCUGGACUGGUCAGCAUCGCAAAUCUGGUAUUGGUUAUGCUGCUCGAUACAACACAGAUAAGAUGGUUGCCACGGGGCAAGUUGCUAGCACUGGAAUGGUUGCUCUGAGCUACGUACAGAAAAUAUGUGAGAAGGUUUCUCUGGCAGCAGACUUCAUGUACAACUACAUGACAAGAGAUGUCACAGCAAGCUUUGGUUAUGAUUACAUCCUUCGACAGUGUCGCCUUAGAGGGAAGGUCGAUUCCAAUGGCUGCACGUCUGCUUUCCUGGAAGAGCGAUUAAAUAUGGGUCUUAAUUUCAUUCUUUCUGCAGAGAUAGAUCAUUGUAAGAAAGAUUACAAGUUCGGAUUUGGGUUGGCAGUAGGAGAAUAGGAUUAAACACUCACAGUUGUGCUUAUGCUCAUUGCGGCAUGUAACUUGGCUUUUGGGUUGAAUUUUGCAUUUCAUGCGGAUCAAAGAAUCAGUUUUGCACAUCUCCUCGGGUAACAUUAUUUGUGGGGAGCAGUGUUAGCUGCUGCAACAGUUAAUCGUAUCUGUAAUGGUUGAUUUUGCGGUUUGGAGCUAUUAUUAUUUAGAUUCCCUUAAAAGUUUUUUUAGGGUUUGCUAUACUGGAAAUUUAGAUGGUUAACUAUUUGAUUAAUUCCUCAAAGUAGAGUAGAGGUUUGUGUAAUGAUUUUUAGAAAAUUUCAAUUUGCAGUAAACUCCAAUGAAGGUCAGCAUCAUUUCCCUA